CUGGUUACGAUCCCAUCAUUAGUAGCCUGUACUGCUGUCAAUCGGUUUGGAUGUGGUCAGAAGUGACAUAAAUAUGAGGAACCAUUCUCUCCUUUUGUGGGUCUUAUUAGUCGUGGACGGUGUGUUUGGUGCUGCUAAAGUGAAGUCAGUAUUAGUGAUGGUAAGUGAUUCUCUCACUCUAAACACCAAUGAUACUGAAACACAGGGAGCGGAUGAGCUGGAGUGGAGGAUUCAAGGUGAUAAGACUUUCAUAGCACAGAUUGAUAAGGAACACACUACUAUCUCAGUACCUGGGAAUGAGGAAGCACCAUUUAGAGGCAGAUUGAAGCUGGAUGAGAAGACUGGAUCUCUAACCAUAACAAACAUCAAAUCCACAGACUCUAGAGUUUAUGAACUAAAGAUUAAGAGCCGCGCUGACAUCAUAUACAACACAUUCAGUGUUACUGUUCACGAAAAAGUGAAGUCAAUAUCAGUGAUGGAGGGAGAUUCUGUCACUCUACACACUGGUGUUACUGAAAUACAAAGAAAUGAUCGAAUAAAGUGGAUGUUUGGAGAUAAAGACACCCCCGUUGCUGACUUCAAUGGUCCUGUUGACGGGAGAAACAUUCAUUUGAACAGUCAGACUGGAGAUCUCACUAUCACAAACAUCCAAACUCAUCAGUCUGGAGUGUAUAAAGUGGAGCUCAGCACCAGCAUUAUGAACUUACACAGGGAAUUACAUAUUGCAGUUGAUAAAGUAGAGUCCAUAUCAUUGAUGGAGGGAUAUUCCGUCACCUUGCACACUGAUGUUGAAGUACAAAGAAAUGAUCAGAUCCAGUGGAAGUUCGGAGAUCAGGGCAUCUCCAUUGCUAACUUGAAUGGCCCUGUUGACGCAAACUGGAGAAACAUUCAUUUGAACAGACAGACUGGAAAUCUCACUAUCAGAAACAUCCGAAGCGAUCAAUCUGGAGUUUAUAAAGUGGAGGUCAACACCAGCAUUGUGAGCUUACAUAGGGAAUUCAGUGUUGUUGUUGUGCCAGGUCUCUCUUUAGCUGCUGUAGCAGGGAUUGUUGUUGCUGUUGUUCUGCCAAUGGCUGCAGCUGCUGUUGCUGGUGUCGUUUACCAUCGCCACAAGAUCUCUAAACUAGAAAGCCGUAGGGAUGCUAAUGCUGGUGAAGGAACUGGAUCAGAUGUUCUUUUAAAAGAUAAACCUGAAAACAACAGUAGUUCAUAGUCACUGUAACACUCAAGCGCUUUUGAGACAAAGACUUUCAUUUGAUUUGGCAUAAAUAGAAAAACAUGCUUUCAUUCCUUAUAAAGUAUGUAACAGUUUGAUGUAACAGUUUCACCAUUCACACUGAUGCUGAUCAUAUUAUGUUUUAAUGUGGCAUGCUACACUGUAAGAUGGCUUGUUAUUGUCAUACUUGUACUUUUUUUUCAGAAAUAAUCUCAAGAUAAACUUGAAGCAUGUAUGUUUUUAUUCUUGUUUGCUAUUUAAUACUAUUUUUUGAGCUUUAAUUAUUCAUUCUUAUGUG